GAUACCACAGGCCGAUUAAGGAGGAGGAAGAAGAGCGUGUUGAGUUGUUUGUUUAGAUUCUCGCAGACAAAAUGGGGACUCUUUCCUCCUUUGUUUGUAUGUUGGGACUCUCCGUCCUGCUUGCGUGCACAUCAGCGUCCACAGAUGUGUUUGACAGCGUGUUGGGAAACACAGCAUCUUGCCAUAAGUCGUGUGAAAUGACAUACAGUUUGCACACGUAUCCACGGGAGGAGGAACUGUACGCCUGUCAGAGAGGCUGUCGUCUCUUCUCCAUUUGCCAGUUUGUUCGUGACAGUGAAGAUCUGAAUCAGACCAAAUCUGAGUGUGAAUCAACCUGUCGUGAAGCCUACACCCACUCUGAUGAGCAGUAUGCCUGCAACCUUGGCUGUCAGAAUCAGCUUCCCUUUGCUGAGAAACGGCUUGAGCAGGUACAAUUGGAUGCUAUGAUGCCAAGGAUUCACCUGCUGCACCCCCUGACUCUGGUCAGAGGGUUUUGGGAGGAUGUAAUGAAUCAGGCCCACAGCUUCAUCACCUCCACGUGGACGUUCUACCUCCAGGCUGAUGAUGGCAGAGUUGUCAUUUUCCAGACUGAACCACAAGUCAAGUUCUUCUCCCAAAUUGAAGUGGAAAAAGAUGUUAAAGAGGAGCCACAGAGGAGCUUCCCCAUGUUGAGCCCAGUUUACAAAGAAUACCAUCGCACUUUAAUCCAGGAGAGGGAGAGAGAUUUGACGGGGGACCGCAGCUACGAUGAUGAAUACAACCUCUUCAGUUGUCUUUCAAGGAACCCUUGGCUACCAGGGUGGAUCCUAACCACAACUCUGAUCCUGUCUGUGCUGGUCCUGAUCUGGAUCUGCUGUGCCACUGUGGCAACCGCUGUAGACCAAUAUGUACCUGCUGAGAAAUUGAGCAUCUAUGGUGACCGGGAUUACGUAAAGGAACAGAAACUGUCUCCGUAUCCAGCAUCCUCCCUAGUGAUCAUUACCUCUAAGGGGUCAGAGGAGGAGGCCGGUCCGCUCCCUUCCAAAGUCAACCUGAGCCAGUCCAACAUCUAGAAGCCAAAGCUGUAGCAGAGAAGGGAUUUUCCUCUUUUAUGAAUAAUAUUUAGUUGAUUUUUAUCCUCUGGCACCAGACCUGUGCUUCUUUUAGGCUAAAGAGAAGUAACUACUUGCAGAAGGUUUUGUAUUACUGAUAUAAUGUCUCGUCUCCUUUUUGAUGCUUUUAAAAUUGGAGUGGUGAAAAGGUAUUUUUUCUGUAUAUUUGGUAUAAUUGAGGCAUUAUAGUAUAUGGCAGUACAAGUAAAAUAUGGUUUGGGAUUUUUUUCUUCAAUUUCGAUGUGUUCAUUGGCUCCCUGUUGGUGUGCUUAUUUUAUUGAAUAACUAUUUGUGACUUAAAGUGAUGCAGGUUUCAACCCAGACCCUCAACUUUUGGUAAGCUAGAUUGUGCUAAUAUUGCAGACUCUCCCUCAUGUUUCUACUGCAGUGAUUUACAGAUGAUUUUGAAUUUUACAAUAAAAUUCUAUGCUCUUAAUCUUAAUUAAAAAUGACGGUACACGCAGUAGGUCUUUCCUGCUUCACUGUUGUCUGUUCUCAUAAUGAUGGAUCAGAAUUAAAUGCAAUGGAGUUAAGUUGA